ACUGCACAGAUUAGUUCAAAACUCUACAUACCUGACGACGACACUAAAUGUGACUUGCAAAAGAAAAGACAAAAUAUGAAAGAAAAAAAGCAGAGAGGAAGAAACAUGUAAGCUAUACUGCAAAGAUACUGACAAUCUUCCACGAAAUGGGAGAAACCAACGUAAUGGAGCUGUCCUUUCAUGAAGUACUGCGGCUGAAUGACAGUGCACCACGUAACACCACAGUCUUGGAAACCAGUGCAAUCCUGGAUGGAGCCAUGAAUAUAGGAACUGUGAUCAUCCUUUUCAUCACCAUGAUAUCAUUGGGCUGUACCAUGGAGGUGCCCAAGAUCAAGGAUCACAUAAUGAAGCCAAAAGGAGUUGCCAUAGCAGUUGUGGCCCAGUAUGGUGUCAUGCCCCUCACAGCCUUUGCCCUGGGCAAGGUGUUCCAGCUGAGGGCUCUCGAAGCUGUGGUGGUGCUGGUCUGUGGCUGCUGUCCGGGGGGUAACCUGUCCAACAUUCUGGCCCUGGCUCUUCAGGGAGACAUGAACCUCAGUAUUGUGAUGACCACCUGCUCCACCGUACUGGCGCUGGGAUUGAUGCCCCUGCUCCUGUACCUUUACUGCCAUGGCAUCGCCGACGUGGGCAGUGCUGUCCCCUACACUGGCAUCACCCUGGCUCUGGCCAUGACCCUGGUGCCCUGUGGCAUCGGCAUCCUCAUCAACCACUUCCGGCCGCAGUACUCCAAGACCAUCACCAAGGUGGGUAUCUCCAUCAUGCUGGUGUCCAUGGUGGUGAUAGGCAUCCUGGCCGGCCUGACCAUGGCUAGCAGCAUCCUCCAGGUUCUGUCCCCGACCCUCACAGCCACGGCUGCCCUCAUGCCCCUCAUCGGCUACACCUUUGGAUACGUCCUCUCCUAUCUGUUCAGACUUGACGGAUCGGGCCGGAGGACGAUCGCCAUGGAGACGGGCUGUCAGAACAUCCAGCUGUGCUCCACCAUUCUGAAGGUGGCCUUUCCCCCUGAGGUCAUCGGCCCCUACUUCCUGUUUCCUCUGAUAUACAUCUUGUUCCAGAUAGUCGAAGCUGGUCUGCUCAUCCUAGUGUUCAGGUGCCACCAGCACUUCAGCAAACCAAACAAAGAGUCAGAGGUGUACCAGGCAGUGACCAGCCAUCUGGAGGAGGUGAAGGAGCCAGCUGAUGUGAAUGUUUGAUAAAAAGGCCUCACAGAAAAAGCUUGGGACUUUUUCCAGUGUUGGUACCAGCCCCCUCCAAGCUUUCUGAGGAACUCUGACCAUCCAGUAGUCCAGUGGUUCUCAAACCUGUCCUCAGGGACCACCUGUCCUGCAUGUUUUAGAUGUUUCC